AUGACACAGAUGAUGGGCCUGAUCUGCGUGGUGCAGUAUGCCUUUGCUGCUGUUGCACUAGAAACUCUGGGGCAUCAGAGCCCCCGAGGCUUUGCGACAUUUCCAGAAGCUGCCAUGUCGCUCCUGCAGAUUCUUCUGAAUGCUGACGGGACAACUAUGGCAAGAGAGGCGGUGCACAAGGCACGCCCAGCCACAAUUGUCAUCUUUAUCGGUUACUAUGCCAUUGCCGUUCUGGUCGUGGUCAAUCUCGUCACAGCGCUGAUGAUUGAGUUCUACCGAGCAAGUUUGGCUGAGAACGUGGAGAAGCGGGAAGCACGACAGUCGGAGAUCACCCGUCAGGUCCAGGACUUGCUUCGAGAGAUGGAGGUGGUGGAAAACUUGGGCUUCGAGGUCGCCGGUUCCAAAGAGACCGGGAUAGAAAGGCUGCGCGAAAAAUUCUUGGGACGAGGGCAAGCCGAUGUCGUGGAUGAGGAGCUCUUGCGACAGGUGCAGAAAGAGGUGCCUCUGAGGGAUCUGCUGUCCUUGCACCGGUCGAAGAGCGGUUCCAACUUUGCCGGGUCGAAUCCAACGACGCCCGGAAGCGGUGUGCACUGA